UAUGCCCAACAGAUUGAAGAAGUACAUGCGGAUGUGACUUACUAUUACAAGAUGGCUAAAGGUCGCUUUGAAUUGUAUAGUAUUGUUGGAGAGAUCCAUGGAAGUGGAUUUCUGCUUGCUUAUUGCUUAAUGAAUACAAGUGAAGUAAUGAAUUUAUUCAGACAAAAUUACUCAUAG